CAGGAACGUUUUCGACAACCGUCCAUCGGCACACUCGAGCACAUCCCAUUACGGGAACCACAACAGGCACGCCCACGAGGAGCGGAGGGUAGAGUCAUCGGCCCUCCUCGGGGUGCCGGUGCUGCACCAUUCACGUGGGACAAAGCCGAAGCAGCGCAAAGAUGCAACUGCAACGUUCGGGAAAGACAGUUUGGCCGGGUCGACUCAGAGGAACAAGCGUCGUAAGUCAAGUUUCGUGGAGGACCCCAACAACCUCGCCAUGAAGCUCUCCCUGCCCUGCCGAGCCGGUUGCUGCUACUGCGUGUACGCGGCCUUCCUUGGGCCGGUCAAGGUGUUCUUCACCCGAGCUGACCCACCGAAGAAAGGUCCGUUUUUGGGCAGGAUUAAGGAUGGGAACGGUCGGCCUGUGAUUCCCGUGUCCCGAAAGAGUGACGUCAGAGGACUCGUCUACGACCCUAACAGUCACUCGCUUCACCCUCCAGCCAGG